UGUUUAUUAAAAAUGUUUUGAAUUUCUACAUAUUUUAUUUAAGUUGUGAUUGAUCAUUCAGAUAAGUUUGUUUGAAUUCUCAUUUUGAUGCUCUGAUAAAAUCAAUACUAUUUAUGAUGUGAUCUAGAAUUCUCUCAGUAAAGGUUGUCAUUCAAAUUAUCUAAACUUCUUCAAUAUUUUUAUAUAUAUAUGCGCAUCUCUGACUUCAAUAUUAAAUUAAUUGCAUCCAAUUUUGGUGCAAACUUCAGGCAUACACUAAUAUGUGAUAUUUGGACCUGAAUUUGAUCUCUCUCGUACUUUUUAUUAUUAUUUGAUUUCAUCUUGAUUGCAGAUACGAAAUUUUGUGAGUCUAAAUUAUUUUGAUGGGUAAAGUCCUUCAUUCUAAGUUGAUUUUGAGCCAAAUUUAGGUGUAAAAUCAGAGUUUUGUUGGAGGAGUUGCAAUUAAUACUACGACUCCUUUACAGAAUUUGUAAUAUAGAACGUCGUGGCGAUGUCAAAGAUUGCGACACCAGACAUUAGUCAUUUGACAGCACAAGAUUACGAGAGUAUUUACGAGCCGGCUGAGGAUAGCUUCUUGAUGCUAGAUGCAUUAGAAAAUGAGCUCCCUUUGAUAAUGGCUAUGAAGCCUUCCUUGUGCGUGGAGGUAGGACCGGGUUCUGGGGUUCUGAUCACAGGCCUUGCAACAGCCCUUGGGCCCGCUUGCUCAUAUAUUGCUGCAGAUGUGAACAUGAAGGCGUGUAUGGCCACGGUUGCCACGGCACAGAAGAACGCUUGCAGCGUAGAAACGUUUUGUUCAGACCUCUUGUCCGGCUGUGGUCGCCAACUUGAUGGGAAAGUUGAUGUGCUGAUAUUCAACCCGCCAUAUGUGGUGACUCCUCCAGAAGAGGUUGCUGCUGGAGACCUGCAGCACACCUGGGCAGGAGGUCGCAAAGGACGUCAGGUGCUAGACCGACUCAUGCCUGAGGUUCCUCGCCUGCUAACGCCUCAAGGACGUUUCUAUCUUUUGAUUGAACGCGAGAAUGACCCUGAAGAAAUUAAUGCCAUUUUUAGAUCAAUGGAGCUUUUUGGGAAAAAAAUAUUAGAGAGAAAAACUGGGCCUGAGCAUCUCGCAAUUUGGGUUUACACUAAGCUUGAUCGAGCAUUGUGAUGGUUAAGAUCAUCCUUUCAUUUUCGGUUGAGACAUCUUUUUACGAAUUCGAAACAGGUCUAAAAAUCCUGGCAUCUGGAGUUAUCCCUAAAAUUUCUUGGUAUAACUGAGAUCUGUGAUUGCUUCGAGAUGUUUCAUCGUGAAUGAACCUCAAUGUUUUAUCACAAAUUUUAAACUGCAUUACGCAUUAUUGUUUAUAAUUUGCCUCAUCUUAAUAUUAUUAAUCUUUUUUGUAGUUCAGAUCUCAACAUUCCAUUAUUAUUGUUACAACUCUGUACAUAAUCCUAAUAUAACCCGUGUAGACGUAGAGCUUCGCUUGCACUAAGCUGCAUUAGGUAUUGACCACCACUUACUGAUCUCAGUGCCCAAAUUUAGUGAGACUAUGGCUAAAAUUAAUCUUGGUUCACGAAUAUAUGUCACUACAUUGAAUUCAACCAUAGUCUGUCUUAACUGAAUGAGUCUGCUAAGCCUACCUAAAAAACACUAUCAGCUACAUUAUUUCACAGGAUCAGAGCAAUUUAUUCUUCUUUGAUAAACCAUGACACCUGCUUUUGUGCGACUGUCUUCCUUCUCAGUCUUGUUUCGUGAUGUGAAGUUCAGCGUUAGAUGUAGAAUUUCGGUUAAUCCAGCUUGAUCGCCAUCAGCACAAUCUCAAUCUUAGUAAAAUCAACCCGCUUUUCUUCGCCAUCCGCAUAUCGCUAACUCUUGUCUUGCAUAUCGGGAGAACGAACAGUUUGUGCCAAAAUUCUGUAUUAGAGUUUAUAGAUCAAAUUAGUGGUUGCUUUGGUCGCGUUUAAUUCUCACGUCUCCCGCAUGCUAAGUGUAUUGAUUACCGCUUCAAGGUCGGUUAUUUUAGCGACUGAUCAAGAGCGAAUAUAUUAACUUGAACUUCAUUAUAAAGUGAAGAAAAUAUGGAGAAAAUUUGUCAUUGUUUUGUCAUUGUCUGUAAAACGUACGAUGUGCGUCAUCUAUGUCAUCAUGACAACGUUUCAUUGCAUGCAUAAGCAGUGCUUACAUUUUUUCCUCCGCACGAUUGGUCAUCGAGAAUUCAAUUUUACUGUCUAGACUUAGGUUUAGUUAUUUGUGUAAUACUGGCGCUGUUGUUUCUGCAUUUUUACUUGGCAUGACUUCGCUUUUCAUCGAUCUUACUAUUCUUGUAGUCCUGACAUCCAAGAGUGUUAAGCUGACAACAGCAUCAGCGCAGUCUUAUUCGUCAUUUUUUAUAUGCAUAUUAUUACCAUAUUUUUUCUAUGCAUAUCAUUACCAUCUUGAUUAUUACUGUUUAUUAGAAUACAUUUGUAGGACUCACUCAAGUCUAAAUACAAUCUUAUGACGGA